AUUGAUGGUCGUCGAUUCAAAUGAAAGAAACAAAAUGAAACAUUUUGUUGUCAUUUUUGUGCUUAUAGCCGGGUUUGCAAUAAUAAACCAGGCACAAGCCAAACAAUUUUCCGAAUGUGAACUUGCACGACUAUUGCAUCGGACCUACCGAUUUGAUAAAUCAAAAACAAAUAAUUUUGUUUGCCUUGCUGCCGCUGAAAGUUCCUUGAACACGCAUAGAACGAAUAAGAACCGCAAUGGAUCUACCGAUUACGGCUUGUUUCAAAUUAACAAUAUGUACUGGUGCACCACUCCGGGAUAUGCCUCUCGCAGCAACGAAUGUAGGACGGCUUGUUCUGAAUUUCUGAAUAACGACAUUUCGAAGGCUGUAGCAUGCGCUAAUAAGGUAUAUGCUCGACAUGGAUAUCUCGCUUGGGAAGGUUGGAAGGCCAAGUGUCGACGUGGAGUUAGGGAUCUGUCCUAUUGCAUGUAAAUUCUUUGAAAAUGGCAAAAAUCCUUUAGAAAAAACCAAUAUCGAUUUAAAACUACAGUAUUGAUAUUAUUUUGACAGAUGUAGCCUAUAAAUAAAGAACAUAUAAAUAGCGAUGGCCAAACAUACAUUAAA